UAUAUAGAAUAUAGAUAUUUUAUACAAGGCUUGUCUAUAUUGUAAAGAUCAAUUCACUUAAAGUUUGAAUAUUAGAGAAGAUCAAUGGAGAAAACUGUGGAUACGAGAUUUGCAAUUGCCGAUUACGUGGUUUUCAUUGCGUUGCUGGUCGUUCCUUCCUUCAUCGGGGUGUAUUUUGCUUACAAGGAUAGGAAAAGUUCUUCGACGAGCAAUUAUUUUUUUGGAGAAAAAAAGCUAAAUGCAGUCGCUGUGGGAAUUUCAACUGCGGUUACAAGCAUAUCGGCAAUAACAAUGAUUGGAUAUCCAGCUGAAGUAUAUAUCGUGGGAACGGUGUACAUAUGGGCUCCUAUUGCGAUUAUUCUCGCUACCAUGGUCACAAUCGUGUACUACUUACCUUUUUACAACAAUCUUGAACUGGAGACUAUUUAUGCGUAUUUAGAGUUGCGAUUCAACAAAUCCACAAGAAGGAUUGUUGCGGUUAUGGUUCCAUUAAGCGAGGUAUUUUUCAUGGGCACGGUUGCAUAUAUUCCAGCUUUGGCGUUGAGUGCUGUAACUCCAAUAACAGUUCCUAUUAGUAUUGGAAUAACUGGCGGGAUUUGCACCUUCUACACAGUUUUGGGAGGAAUCAAAGCAGUUGUGUGGACUGACGUAGUGCAGUCUCUUCUGAUGCUAGGCGGGUCUAUACUUGUUCUCACAUGCGGAAUCGUCCACUUAGGGGGAUUUGGAGAACUUGAAGCUGCUCUCAGUCGUGGGGAAAGGCUGACGUUUAUGAGUUUCGAUAAAAUUGAUAUUUCAUCGCGAAUGUCACCAUUGGCCAUAUUAGUUGGGGAGUUUUUUGUUUUCAAUCAUUACCUUGGAUUUUCGCAACCAAUAUUUCAACGAAUUCAAUCUUGCAGGAACAAGACACAAUCACAGUACGCAAUUAUAGCAUAUAUCAUUCCAGCCAUCACGAUUAUCUUCAUAGCAAUAGGAAAUGGAUUACUUUACUACGCAUUCUUUGAAGGAUGCGAUCCGGUUGAGUCAGGAAUUCUAACCAGCAGAGAUCAAGGAAUGCCCUAUAUUGCUCUUCAUUUGUUCAAAAACAUUCCAGGAUUGUCGGGGUUGUAUGUUGCUGCUGUGUUUAGUGGGAGUCUCAGCACUGUAUCGUCAGGAAUUAAUGCUUACUCAAUCGUUAUAGUCGAAGACUUUAUGUUAGCCAUAUACCCUCGGGCAUCAGAGAAAUUAAAACUGUUUGCUGGAAAGACAAGUGCUUUACUACUGGGUGUAAUCGUCACCUUCUGUGGAUACAUGAUAUCUACACUCGGGUCAAACAUAUUUAAAAUUCUCCGAAGCUUGAUGGGAGCAGUUGGUGGUCCAGUUUUCGGGAUUUAUAUUCUUGGACUUCUUUUUCCCUGGGCAAAUUCCACAGGAGCCAUCGCUGGUGUUCUUGUAGGAUAUGCAUUUAUGGUUUGGGUGUUUCUCGGUUCUAUUUUUCUGCUUACUGCACCACCGAGGAUCCAGCUUCCGCCAAUAACAACGGAUCUCUGCCCAUUAUUAAAUGGUUCGUAUACAACGAUGUCAACGCUUACUUCAAGCAUUACAACUCUACAAGAUGGUUCGGCAAGCGAGGGUUAUCGCGUUGAUCAGCUAAUCUACAGCAUCAAUUUUCAUUACUACAUAUUAACCGGAGCUCUAGUCACUAUUGUUACAGGAUUGAUUGCAUCCGGAAUAUCAGGAUUCAAGAAACCACAAGAACUUGAUCCGAAGUUGUUCUUACCGAUAUUUGACAACAAACGAUUUCCUGAUUGCGUUAGAAAAUUUUUCCGAUGUGGUGUACCGAAAGAUGAUUAUUCCAGUUGUCACAAAAACAAAAAAACGGAAGCCUCUUCAGAAGACGUUGAAGAGAACUUUUUAAUGACCUAAAUUUGGGGAAUCUAGAUCUUCGAGAACUUCACGAAACAACCCUCACACACCUUCUUAGCCAAAACACUUGUUACACACUGCCAUCUGAUAUGUUCAUAUAUUUUGAACUCCAUCGCAAAAAGUUUGCAGAAACUAGCGUUCCAAACCUCUCGCCUAACGCUUGAGAACUUGACAUGUUUUAGUAGAAAUAACAGAAACCUCAGAAACUAAUCACUAACAAGUUAAUUAUAUGCUUUAUUUUAGAAACAAUUUGUAGCUUUAAAAACUGACUUGUAGUAAUUAAAUUAAACUUUUUGAAA